AUGUCCCACUUGCAUGUUCGCGAUGGUAUCUCGACUGUCCAGCCGCCCCUGUCUCAGGCUAUUGGAUAUGUUGUUGUCGUUGUGAUUGGCGUAAUCAUAGCUCUUGUGAUGAUGCUUAUAACAAAAGUCUUAAAAAAAACCACUGGAGAAGAUAAUGAGAAAACAGAAAUGUUCAUGACCGCAAACCGUACGGUCCGCACAGGGUUGACUGCCUCGGCGGUGAUAUCGUCGUGGCUCUGGUCAACCGCUUUACUUGGCUCCUCGUUCGUUGGAUAUGAAUAUGGUGUUGCAGGUCCUUUUUGGUUCGCAGCUGGUUGUAGCCCGAUGAUUGUUUUCUUUGCGUUGUUGGGAAUCUCAUGCAAGAGGAAGAUUCCCGAGGCACAUACCUCACUCGAGGUUGUUAGAAUUCGAUACGGACGCGUCGCCCAUGUGGUUUUUAUGAUCCUUUGCUUGGUGAACAAUAUAUUCGCUUGCGCAAAUAUGCUGCUUGGUGCGGCUGCGGUCAUUACCGCGGUAACUGGAAUGCAUAUUAUCGCAGCUACAUUUUUGCUGCCGGUCGGAGUGACUGUCUAUACUUUUGUCGGUGGAAUCAAAGCAACCUUCCUAACAGAUUAUUUUCACACGGCUAUUAUCAUGAUCAUUGCAUGCUAUUUUUCCGUCAAGGCAUUCUCCACUGAUCAAAUUGGCUCCGUAGGCGAUCUCUUCGACCUUCUCCAGGCCGCCGCACAGCGGCAUCCGGUCUCCGGUAACCAGGAUGCCUUCAUGCUCCUAACGACUCCAAAGGCAAUCUUGUUCGGAAUCCUCCACACCCUGGGAAACUUCGGCUUGGUCAUUAUGGACACAAGCUACUUCAUAAAAGCCUUCUCUGCCUCCCCGGCCGCAGUGGUGCCAGGCUACACAAUUGGUGGCAUCGCCUACUUCGCCAUCCCCUGGGGCCUAGGAACAGUAAUGAGCUCCGUAGCCCUAGGCCUGGAGAACCAGCCCAAUUUCCCUACUUUCCCAAGACGAAUGACCACAGCCGAAGUCGGCAAUGGCCUCGUCCUUCCCUACGCCGCCAUCACGAUAGCAGGAAAAGGCGGUGCCGCAGCCGUCCUGCUUAUCACCUUCAUGGCGUGCACAUCGACCCUCUCGGCGCAGGUUAUUGGCGUCAGCUCGAUUCUUAGCUUCGAUGUCUACCGCGAGUACUUCAACAAGAAGGCCACGGAUCGGGACUUGAUCCGUGCUAGUCACUUCGGUGUCAUUUUCUUCGCUGCGUUCUCGGCCGGCUUCAGUACCAUGCUUCAUUAUGUGGGCAUUAAUCUGGGCUGGACGCUGUAUAUGCUCGGCGUCGUUACUUGUCCAGGCAUCUUCCCGAUGAUUUUCACUAUUCUCUGGCGCCGGCAGAGUAAAGAAGCUGCUAUUCUUUCACCGGUUCUGGGCCUCGCGACUGGUCUGGCCGUGUGGCUUGGUACGGCGUCGCGGUUUAGUGGCGAAGUCACUGUUGCGUCGACGGGCGAGGUUCUUCCCUGUUUGUAUGGGACUGUUGCAUCGUGCUUGUCGCCGAUCAUAUACUCUGUUUUGAUUACGGUUGUACGGCCGCAGAGGUAUGAUUGGGAUGAUUUUAAGAAGGAGAAAUUGUCGCUUGAGAAGCUCGAUGGUGAUAUGACGACUGCUCACCAUGACCAUGCUCCACAUGGAGGGGGUGUGGAGGAUUGGGGGCGUGCUGCUGUUGAUCAGAAGGAGUUGAAGCGGUGGGGGGCUAUUGCUGCUUUCUGGGCUGCGGCGACCAUUUUGGGGCAUUGGGUUAUUUGGCCGCUGCCUAUGUAUGGAUCUGGUUAUGUCUUUGGGAAGAAGUUCUAUAUCGCUUGGGUCGUGGUCGCAAUUAUCUGGCUUUGGAUCAGCAUGCUGAUUGCUAUCUUCUAUCCUAUCUUUGAUGGCGGAAUUGAGCAGAUUCGGGAUGUCUAUCGCGGACUGAGAGGCCGUAAGGUUGUCACUGAAGCUAUUCCCCGUGAUGGGAAGGGGGAUACAAGCACAUCUACUUCUGCUGGGUCUAUCAGUGACACUAAUCACGUAGGGGAAAAGCAAGGCAACAAGCCCGAAUAA